ACCCAAUGCUAACUCCCACAAGACAUAACCCUAGGACAUAAGGGUUAGUGAAGUCUCUCUCUCUCUCUCUCUCUCUCUCUCUCUCUCUCUCUCUCAAUCUCUCUCAGUUCACUCCAAUGGAGAUCACACUCCUUGCAACACUGUACGUCCUCGCGGCGACCUACGCCGUGCUCAGCCUCGUCCGGGGCUUCCUCCGCCGCCGCGGCCAGUGCUGCUACAUGCUCGGCUACGAGUGCUACAAGGCCCCUGAGGACACGAAGCUCGACACCGACAACUGCGUCCGCGUCAUCCUCCGCAACAAGAACCUCAACCUCGAUGACUACCGGUUCCUACUCAAGACGAUGGUCCGGUCCGGGAUCGGCAAUGACACCUACGGGCCGAGGCUCGUGCUCGAGGGUCACGAGGAGGCCCCGACCCUGCUCGGGGCCUACCAGGAGCUCGACGAGGUGUUCCAGCAGACGGUCAGCAAGGUGCUUGCCAGCACCGGGGUGGCGCCGUCCGAGAUCGACAUCCUCAUCGUCAACGUGUCGCUGUUCUCGCCGGCACCAUCGCUGACGUCGAGGAUCGUGAACCACUUCAAGCUCAGGGACGACAUCAAGACCUUCAAUCUAGCAGGCAUGGGCUGCAGCGCGAGCCUAGUCGCUAUUCACCUGGUCCAAGAGCUCUUCAAAACGCGGGACAACGCGCUCGCCCUCGUCGUCAGCACCGAGAGCAUGGGCUCCCACUGGUACUGCGGCAAGGAGAAGUCCAUGAUCAUAUCCAACUGCCUCUUCCGCAUGGGCGGCUGCGCCAUCCUCCUCACCAACGACCGGGCCCGGGCCAAGGACAGGGCCGUCAUGAAGCUAGGGCGCUCCGUCCGCAUCCACCACGGCUCGCAUGACGAGUCCUACAGCUGCUGCAUUCAGGCGGAGGACGAGCUGGGCCACCAGGGGUUCCGCCUCACGAAAUACCUCGUCAAGGCCGCCGCGCAGGCCCUCGAGGCAAACCUCCGGAUCCUGCUGCCCCAGGUCCUCCCUAUCCGUGAGCUCGUCCACUACAAGCUCGCCAACGCCCUUGCGAACAACCCGUUCGCCAAGAGAAAGACUCGCAAGGCCCGUGGUGGCUUGAACCUCAAGUCCGGGAUCGACCACUUCUGCGUCCACCCAGGAGGCAAGGCGGUGGUCGACACUGUUGGGAAGGGUUUGAAUUUGAGCGACUAUGACCUCGAGCCGUCGAGGAUGGCGCUGCACCGGUUCGGGAACACAUCAGCGGGUGGGAACUGGUACGUGCUGGGUUACAUGGAGGCGAAGAAGCGGCUGAAGAGAGGGGACAAGGUGCUGAUGAUAAGCCUCGGGGCCGGGUUCAAGAGCAACACGUGCGUGUGGGAGGUGAUGAGGGACCUGGACAGGCCGAACGUGUGGGAGGACAGCCUCAAGGACUACCCAAGGGCCAGCCUCGACAACCCGUUCAUGGAGAAGUACGGGUGGCUCAACGACGAGUGCCUCAACUUCGUACGGCUCGACGAGGCCAACAUGUGGGGUUGAUCGGGCAGCGUGUGUUACCAUCAUAUGAAAAAUCAAGGAAACUGGACUAUUGCUGGUUUUGGCUUCAUUGAACAAGAAUUGUUUAUCAAACACCAAGUAGACAGCUCCAUAUGAUUCUGUAAUUGUAAGUUGGGACCGAUAGACCCUUGAUUC